AGGGCUCCAUCCCAGGGCCUGGAAAUCAGCACCUGAGCCUAAGGCAGACACUUAAACCAUCUGAGCCACCCAGGUGCCCCUCCCAGUGGUUAUUUCUUAUCACAUUUUCUUAAGGCAUUGACAAUGACUGGAACAUUCCCAUCGCUAGACCAGAGAAGCCCUGAUAGCAAUGGAAUGUGUAGAAGACCACACUUGACACAUUCCCUUCCCCGCCCAUAAUCAUGGGCUGACCACAUACCAAAUCCGCACGGUCAUACGCUCUCUGCCUCUCCUCUUGCACGUACCCUCCCGAGCUCUAUACCACUCUAGGUGUCCGUCUUGCUGUUGGAGAGGUCGAUGGUUAAGGCUCAAGCCCGUCACCUUCCUUAGCUGCUGCCACCUGAAAUAAAUCUCUCCCUUUCUUUUUUCCAAACCCUCCUCUCUUGAGUUAUUGGCUUCUCUAGCAAAGAAUUUAUCGGAGUUGGCUUGGUAGCGGUGUUGGCAAACCCAGCCAGGAGCUAUGCUUUUGAUUUGUCUGGCCCCCUCCAGAUUCCCCAGGAUGGAGCUGUUGGCCGGGACAGAGUGCCAGGGCUCACCCGUUUGUUUCCUGAAUUAGCAGCUAGGAUAGAUUGCUCUGUAACACUACGAUGUUUUGUAGGCUGGUGUAUUAAAUGCAUUUUCGACCUAGAUUUUUUUUUCCACUUACGAUAGGUUUAUUGGGAUGUAAAAGCUUCUGUUUAUUGAAUCCUGUGCCUGACGUGGAUUAUUUCCUUUAAUCAUCACAACACUUUCUGGAUGGAGGUAUUAUUCUCUCUACUUUGCAGGCGAGGAAACUGAUCAGAGAGAGAGCAACUAGGCCACAUUUGUACAUGUACAGGGAGCCGCAGGCAGGGGAGCAGAGGGGAGCUGGUUUGGUCUGCCACGAGGUAGCGGGUGUUGGCUGUAUUUAAAGACGGAAGGUGAGGAGGUAUGAGGACAUGGAAUUUUCCAUUUUUUGGUAACUGUGCCUGAUUGGAUAGUUUGAUGUGGGUUGCCUGAGUAGCCUGUCUGUAUUCAGUUUGGUGGUGGCUUGCCACAGGCCCUUUCUACAUUCCAUUGCUCAAGCCUGUUGCCUAAAAGCGGCCUCUACACAAACAGUGUCACCAGAAAGGCUCAGAGACACUGAGUGACCUACCUAAGUACCACCAGCUAAUGGUGGCACAAGCAGGAUUCAGCCUGAGUGUGCCAGACUCCACAGCCCGGGCUCCCUCCAUUAAAGCAGCUGCCCCAAUUGACAGGUUCUCCAGGAACCUGUUCUCUGGUUCAAGGGCUGCUCUCCCUUGUCACCUUCCCACUGCACCCUGCUUUCCACCAGCACGGUGUUUGAAGCUGGGGCUGGUUCUGAAGGCCUUUUACACCCAUGCCCUUCCCCUGCCCCCAGCCCCCUAGCUGGACUCAGGCUCUGCGGCUUCUAGAAAGAUUGUUACCUGUGGGUAAGGGCACGUGGGUGUAGGAGGUAGCCUAGCAGUCAAAAGCCCACCCAGUCCCUGCUCCCAGAAGCCUUCCUGGGUUGCAGGAAAUGAUCCCCUCCCCUGGCCAUUCCACCUACCGGAGAUGAAACUUGGGUAGGAGAAUAAAAAAUAUUAACCUGCAACUGGGUAUUUUCUGCUUUGUUUUGUACAUUCCUCAUCCAUUAAUCCACUUGGUCCUGAUGCCAGUCCUGUGAAGGGAGUAAAAAGUAAUACCCUUGCCACUCUACGGGCAAGGAGACUGAGGCCCAGGCAGGUGAUGUAGGGUCUCCAAGGUCAGAGGAAGAGGCAGACCCCAGGCUUGAGCCCAGCAUUCUAAACCCCCAGGCAAAUUAGCACCCCUGCCUUCACAGGGGCUCAGCCCCCCGUGAGAGUUUGUUGGAUUUUUUAUUUUCUUUUCUCUUGACUCAGCAUAGCAGGAGGAGAUGGAAGACUGAGGGAAAGGUAACCCCAGAGAACCUUGGUGGUGGGGAGGGAGGCGUCAGCAGAGGGCCAGAGGAGGGUGCUGGAAUCCUGGGAAGGGUGGGAGACAGAAAUCAGAGACAAAAGCUAGCUGACUUGGAAACUGUCCCUGGGGCCCCUGGAAACUCAAAGCUAAGGUGGAAGGGUGUUUUCCACCUUCCCAGGGCCUUGGAGAGAAAUGUGGUUUACAGACAUUCCCUCGGCAACGUAGGAAGACCGCCUCCCUCCUCCCAUUGUGAGGUGGUUCUGGUUACAGGCAGUGGGGUGGGCGUGAGAGGAAGCAGAGGCGGUGGGGGCAGCAUCCUGCGCUCUGCCUGCCCCCACCCCCUUCCAAGGCCUUCUGUCACCCCCACCAUCAUGGGCAGCGCUUACCACUGGGAGGCCCGGCGCAGGCAGAUGACUUUGGACCGGAGGAGGUGGCUGAUGGCCCAGCAGCAGCAGCAGCAGCAGCAGCAGCGGGAACAGCCGGAGGGGCAGGAGGGGCAGGAGGGGCAGGAGCAGGAACUGAAGAAACUCCAAGAGGAGGAAGCCCAACCUGAGAAAAAAUCCCAGUCCCCUCGGGAGUCACUACAGGAGCAGCAGCUGCCACUGCCCCGGAGGCCACCAGGAGCGCAACCACAGCCGCCACCACAGCCACAGGUGCCCCCCACCCAGCCACAGCUCCCAGAGCAGUCACAGACCCCACCGGCACCACCACCGCCACCUCAGCCAAGGCAACAGAAUGCCCAGGACCCUCUCACUCAGUGCACCUCCGUGCACAUCCUGCCGGAUUCACAAAAGCCAGGUCCUCAGCUUGGCUCAGUAAGGACCCAUCAAGCUGGAGGGCAAUCCAACUUUAACAGAUUCCCCAGAGGAACAAAACUCCCUCAAGGACCUAGUUUCAGGAAGUUAUUCCAGUUAAAUCCGGAUAAAUACGCCAAGCACUCACGAUUCACGUCAACGAAUUACAGGCAGCAGUGGUGACGCAGAGAUAGACCCUCAACUCCACUGGCCAUCAGCAAAAACACAGAUGACCGCUUCUCGGCCCCUCCCCAACCCCAGUAUCUCCACACCAAGUCACCCCCUACUGAUCCACUCUAGAAGAGGCUGCUAGCUAGGGAUAAAAUGUGACUUCCUCCUAAAAAGAAUCAGGGGGCUGGUCAGCUCUGUGAGACUGGGAUGAAGGGAAGGGGGAAUGAGGACCCACGAAGAGGAUGGAGUGGGUGGGAGAAGUAGGUGAUUCCAUGCUUCGGCAGGCAAAGCCAAUGGGAGAACUUGGUCUUGGGCCUCCCAAGUCUAUAGCUCCACUGCUGGCUGUUAUUUAGCAAGGAUACGUCUGCCGGGGGCUUUAAAGAUUUUGAGAGCGCGUGAGCAAGCCCAUGUGGGCUCGAGGGAGUGAUGAGAGGAGCAGAGGGAGAGGGAGAAGCAGACUCCUCACUGAGCACGGAGCCCGACUCAGGGCUCCAUCCUGCGACCCUGAUCAUGACCGGAGCUGAAAUCAAGAGUCGAGCUGGAUGCUUAACCGACUGAGCCCCUGACGCCCCUAUUGGGGGCUUUACAUUUAGGGCUCUCACUGGAGCCAUCACCCCUCCCCACUGGCCACGGCUUAGUGAGACACAGUUGGGGAGGGAGAGGUUGCCUCACACCGUGCAGGCCUGGAGCAGCAUUAGAAGCGGCAGGCAGGGCCCCCCCAAGUCCAGUGUAACGCCUGGCCCAUAGUGGGUGCUAAGCUGUGGCAUGGAUGAUGGGAGGCAGGGGUGGCAAGAGCUCAGAGGAAAGGGGGGCUGUAGCCUCAAGUACAGGACACCUGAUCUUGGGAAGGGGAGGGGGACUGGCCCACAAAACCCCACAGGCCUCUUCCUUCCUCCACCUCAGCCUUUCCCGGAUGCAGUCAGGCUCCACCCCCUCACCACUUCUGGAAGCUGACACCCCAGGGUCCCUCCACAACCUGUCCCCCUUUCCACCUGGGGCUGGUGAGAGGAUGCCUGGGCCUUUCAUGGUUGCCCACACAGGCUGAAGGGGCCCCUCAGUGCAGGGUUUCCUGAGGGGGGGCAGCAGGGGCACCUGGGGUGGGGCACAGAACAGGAAUAUGAGAGUAGGGAAGAAACUUGGAGGGAG